AUGCCAGUCCGCUGUGCCGCCGCUGCACUCGGUGACUGUCUGACUGCUCCCGAGGACUGUCACCGCUCGGCUGUCUUCUCCGUCGCCUCCGCUGGCGCCGGCACCGACCCCGCCGAGCGCCACCGGUACAGCCGUCCUAGCGCCUUCGCUAGAGACCCCGCCGGCACCGCCGGGCGACACCCGCACGGCCGUCCUCGCACCACCGCUGGCGCCAGCACCGGCCUCGCCGAGCGCCGCCGCGUCCCGGCGCUCGCCAGCGACCCGGUACCCACAGACUGCCGUGUCCCGGCGUCCGCUGUUUCCGCCAGCGUCCCGGCGCUCGCCAGCGACCCGGCGUCCGCCUCCUCCGUAGGUGUCACGGCGCCCGCGCCCAGCCGCAUCCCGGCGCCCACAGACUUCAUCGGUCCGGAGCCUGCCGGCGCCCCGGCGCCCGCCUGCCUCCGGGCUCCGGCGCCCGCCCUCAUCACCGGCGUCCUGGCGCCCGCUGCUCACUCCGCUGGCGUCCAGGCGCCCACCGGCUCCAUCGUUCUCCACUUGCGGCAGCAGCGCACACGGUACGGGUCGCGGUGGUAG